AUGGCAACGCGCACGGCGAGAAGUCUGGAGUUUGUGGUAAGUCGCUUUGCUUUCGCACUGCCGUCGGCUUUCAAUCAACUGUCGGCCCCUCGCCUCAGCUGUGGCACCCGCAUUUUAAGCGCAAAACGGUGCCAACGCAGCCCCUCCGUCUGCCUCGGCAGCCUUGAGAAAGGAGGGCCGCUCGCUGUCCGCCCCCACACCCCCCCCACAACACCGCAGCGUGAACAAACUUGUCGGCGGAAAAAGCCCCAACCGCAACAUAGUGGGUAA